AUGGCUCAACAUCGUUCGGAAGAACUAGAAAUAAAUAAAAAGUUGGAAUCAUUAUCAAAAGAUGAAUUAAUUCAAAUAAUUGAUAAACUUCAAAAUCAAGGAAUAAUGAAUAAAACAAAAGAUGAAUUAAUGCAGAUAAUUCAUCAGUUUCAAAAUCAUCAAAUAAUAGAUAAAACAAUAGAUGAAUUAAUGCAGAUAAUUCAUCAGCUUCAAAAUCAACAAGUAACAGAUACAACAAGUUCUAUAUCAAAUGACAAUGAAGAACAACCAGCAAACAUAUUAUUACAUAAACGAUCAAAAACUGCUGUUAAUUCUUAUGAAAGUACUGAAAUACAAAUGGAAUCACCUGAUAAUCAAUCAUUAGCAGACGAUGAUCAGCAAGAAAAAAUAAAAAUCGGUGAGUUUUGA